UUUUUAUUAACCAAUAUUGGAUCUCAUCAGCUGAUCUUUUAGGUUAUGCACGCUUGACUUAGCCCAAUAGCUUGAGAAGGUGCCUCUUCAGAGGAUAAUAGGCACCUAAGAGCUCAUUCCAUGGAGAUUAGUGAUGGAAAUUAUAGGUUCGAAUCGGAUUUGACGAAGGGGAUAAGAGAGUCAGAUGAAGGGAUUUUGAAGAAAAUUACACUUAUUGAUCCCACUUAUAAUCUAAAAUCUACCCAGAGACAACCGAAAACUCCAUUACCAGUUUUGAGCCAAGAUCCUCAUAGCUGAAUAAAGCUAAAGAAAAUCAAGCAUUCAAAGAAUUCAAUAAACAAGAGAAUUUCUGGAUUAUCUCCAAAAUAAGGUGGAGUCUUCCCAUAUCAUCACGCUGGGCUCGAAGAAAUCAAUGGAUAAGAAUAUUUUCUUGACUCCUACUAAUGCUCAGAAGAAGACUAAUUUGAGAGCAUUUCAAAGAAAUGUUAAGACCCCAACCACUUUCUCAAAAUCUGUAAUGAACUUUAACACAGAGUUCCAGUGUUUAUCAAAGGAGACUCUAGGGACCCUAAAAAAUGACCUAAAAAUGUCUAUUACAAAAACUUGCACAAAUUAUUCGAUCCAGAGAUCAAAGCGUGAUUGAAAGAUAUCUUCAAGGUUCCUUUCAGAUCACGAAUUUCAUGAAAAAUAGACUAAAAAUAAAGCAAAUUUGCAAAGAAAAGCAGCGUCGGAAGUUCCUAAUAGCCCAAGAGAAAGCUAAGCAAGAGAUGGAGGAGCUCCGUUUACAACAAGAGAAGCUUAAAGAAGAGGAGCUAAUGCUCCACCUUUCCAAACAGAAAGCCAUUGAAAAAUAGACAGCAAAUCCAGAGACGAAUUGAGCAGAGAAGGCUUCAUAAAGUCUCAGAGAUUGACAGAAUAAAAUAAAUGGAAUUCCACUUCCAAGAUUUCUAAAUUCACUAGGAAAUAAACCCCUAUUUCAAGAAAUUGAGGAAAAGUUCAAGAAUGAGAUAAUCCUACCUGAAAUACAAGAGAGAGCCAAGAAAUUGUCUGAUAUUAAGAAGGUCAGAGGUGGAGCAGUUAAUUACUCACAGAUAAGGAAGGAGGGAGAUCAGUUAAUCCAGGAUGUUAAAUCAAUGACACUUAAAAGAGAAGAGAAGCGCAAGGAAUCAAUGAGCAAGCAUAGCUUUAGUUCCAAAUAAAUAUACAAAUUUUUUCUACAACUUAGUACAGGAGCAGUACAAAAAUGAGAAGAAGGAAAGAUCAAAAGUUAAAAUUAAGCGGGAGACUCCUACUGGGCUAAAACCACUUCAGGGAAAAGUUAAGGAGAAGGCAUCUGAUUUAGAGUCAGAAAUUGGGGCUAUCCAAUCUACUGAGAAUGCAGAUAAGCCGGUUAAAGACCAACAGAAUAAAAUCGCAAUAAUUCCUUGAGAUAACUCAGAGAGCAAGAGGGAUAAGAGUCCUGGCAAUCAGGAAGAGAAUCAUCUUGAUACUUACCCUGCUUUUAUAGAGGAAGAGAAGCAUGACGAGGAAUCACCUGAAAAUUUACUAGAAUACGAUCCUUUGAUUGAGAUCGCCGAUGGCAAAGAGAAUUCUGAAGAAAAUUCUCAAGAAAUCUCUGAGAAACAGGAUUAUGACUUUAACUGAAUCUUUCAAGGGAUCAAUAUCAUCACUUCAUCAAUAAGAGAAGGUGAUUCUUCAUCUGGAAAUUUUCCUUUUAUUGGGGAUCCAACUACACCAAGUGCUACAACAAAUCCAGCUGUUAAUAAUAAACAAGGGAGUCCAAAGAUUUUAAAGAAACCAAAAAAACAGACUUCUAGAUCAAAUCUCCCACCAAGUAACAAGAAAGCUACGCUUCGGAUUCCAAAACCCAAGCCCAUAAAAAAAUCUCCAGUUCCGAAUAAUACACAAAAAGCCGCAGCAAGAAGACUCAGAUCCAGAUCUGUAGCUCAGAGAUCAGCUAGCAGUUUCCAGAACUCAAGACCCCUCAUUUCUAAUAACAAAUCUGAAUCCAAAACUAGAAUUACAGAAGAAAGCAGAGGGAAGCCGAAGAUGCAGCCUUUUAAGGUUUAUGAGAGGAAACAGAAAAGAAAGAUAGGGGAGAGGAUUAAGAAUAUGAAGGUGAUGAGAAUUAAGAGAAAAAGUAGAGAUGUGAAUGCAAGCAAUAAGUCCAAGUCUUCAUCAAAACUCAUUACUUCUCAAAAAUCCUCACAACCUCCUACAUCUCAAAAAUUUCCUAAAAACUAA